GCGAACCACCCAUUGUCAUCUAUUAUACUAUUAUCAUGUCUGCAUUGAGCUAAAGAAGCCUCUUAUUUACUCUAUUCUCUAAACCAUACAAAAACCCAAUAGCUUUGGGAAAAAAGAGGUUGUGUAGUUUUGGUCUGAACAUGGUUCUAGUAGGAUCCAUGGUCUGAAUUAAGGUGUCUGUUUUUUAGUCAUUCGUCGUUGUAGUGGAAAACAUUUUAUUUUAUGGUCAGGUUAUUUACAGACUUAGUGGGUUUUGCAUUGACCCCACAGUUUUAGUUUCCGUCAGAGCUUGCAGAGUGUCGGAAGAGAUCACUUUGCGACGGUCAUUGGACGGAUGAUCACCAAUCACCAUCGUCACCACCACCACCACACUCAUCACCAUCAUUCCGAAGGAGCAGACAUUGGUCUGUAACUCUCAAACUCUCCAAUCCGUGAGAUUCUGGAGAAGAAGAACAAUAUGCGUUGAUGAACCGUCAUCCUUUUAACGAGGAAUGAUGAUAAGGAAGAGACGUUUAUGUCGAUGUUUAUUGAUCUUAAUGACAACGGUGACUGUCUUCUGCGUCUAUCACUUCAUUUCGGUCAAAAUUCCCCGUAGAGACGGCAAGUCAGUUGUGCCGGUGGAACUUCAGCAGGUUAGGGAGAAAAUACACAUCCCAGAAGCCGAUCCUAUCAAAGCUGCACAGAACACGACAGGAAAAGACACAGCUGCAGACACCCCCAAAGGCAGCAUCGUUUUGGAGGUUUUAGAUGCAGAGGGAAACCCUAUUUCAGAACCAGCGUUGAGAAAAGAAGUUCAAAAGAUAACUAAAAAUGUUCCGACCACUUUCUUACCUAACUUCAAGAACCCUUGUUGGUUCGACUCAACGAACCAACUAAAUUGCUUGCCCUAUUUUUAUCUCAUCGGGAUGUCAAAAUGUGGUACGACUGAUUUAUGGAAGAAAUUGACCUCUCACCCGGAUAUAGUUGACUUGCCCAAAGAACCGCAUUGGUGGGGACCGAGACGUACUGGUUGGACCGGACUCGCUGCUCAUGGUGAAGAAGUACAGCAGGUUCGUGAAAAGACCGGUGACACGGAUGAUAGUUCCAUCAGAUGGUAUCUGAACUGGUUUAAAAUGUUUGCUGUGAAAAAGGUUCAUCAAGCUACGGUUAUCAAUGAAACUUCGGGAGAAACAUAUCAUCCCGCGGUAUUUGGUGACGGUUCGAUCAGUACUGCCUACUCGAUCGGCAACGCUUGGAUCGAGGAAAACCCAAAUGCCACGGAUCCUCCUUAUACUAACGCGGAAUUGCUGCACGCCAUUCAACCCAAAGCUAAGAUAAUCAUCAUUUUAAGAAAUCCUACAGAAAGAGCAAGGUCGUGGUACUACUACACCCACCCCUUCAAUACUCCAGAUGACUGGCAUAUGAACGCAAUGACAUCAAUAGAAUGCUAUAACAGUUGUAUGACACAACACAACGAGAGAUACUGCGCGUAUGCAUUUGGAUGCCCUUACACGCCGUUUCAAGGCAUCAACGUAGGACUGUAUCAUAUAUUCCUUUAUGACUGGAUCAAUGUUUAUACCCGUGAGGGGGUCCUGGUCCUACGACUCGAGGAUUGGCAUAAGGACCCGGUCUCAGUUUACAGGACCAUCUUACAAUUUCUAGAUCUCAGACCCCUUACAGCUCUAGAGGAAGCAAAGAUUUUAGGAAACAGAUGGGUCCAAGUCAGCACCAAAGAGACACAAUCAGAAACGAAAAAGGCUUUGGACGAUUUCUACCGCCCUCAUAACAAAAAGCUGGCCGAAUUAUUACAAAAUGAUAUUUAUCGGUACCCAUAAUUUAACUCGUGAUUAAUCUGAUAGUGAAAUCUUCGAUCAUUCAUUAUGGAGCGAAUGCUGAGUUCUUUUCAAAUUGUCCGAAAGAAAUUGAUUUAUAAAACUUAUUUUGAUGGAUAUCACUUAUUAAUGCAUGAACCCAUGGUAAGGAUUUAGAUCUUUACUCAAAAAAGCAGUAUUUCUUAAGAUAUCUAAGAUACAACAAAUUAGGUGGCAUUUCAUGAAAGUAAUAAUCGGCAAUUUUCACUGACAUCUGUUAUAAGCUACUGAAAUCAAUGCAUCUGAUUGGCUCGGUACAUGUUAGGAAGCAAAAUUCGCUGUUCAUUUUAUUUCAUGAAACACACCCUAGUACUUUCGAAAAGUAAAUUUGCGACGUCACUUGUUCGUACGAAUGUUUGGAUGUUUACUCGUACCAUGGAACUAUUAAUGGAGGAACACAGAAUGUAUUCCUCCAAUCUAUGCCUACAGAGCGAGGUGUGUUACCUCUUAAUAUCAACUUACACUGGAUUAAUCCGUUAUUCGUGCGUGCACACUACGAAGACUAUGCCAGCUAAACGCUACAAUAGCCUCACAGUUAUGGGCGCAUGACUGUUAUUGUAUACCCCUCAUGAAAACGGUGAAAAUAUGCACCUUUUUUAUAUUGCUUACACCUAUUUGUACCCUAAAUGGUGCUGGAUUAAGGGUGCGUAAAGUUUGCUUUCAAAUUAGGCAUUUCUACCUUUCUCAAAGAGUAAGACUCUGCACCCUUCAGGGUGUAGAACUCUAAUUAAUUGCAUCCCGAUGUCGCAAAGAGCAUCGAGGGGUGAAGAAUUGCACUCCAAAAGAAGCUUCCGGUGUGAUUUGGUAAUUGAAGGGUGCGAAUUGAUCCCCUUUUCUUCGUCAUGUUACUGUGUGUAACGAGUGAAAUUAAUCAGAUAAUGUAUCUGCGCAAUAAUCUUUUUUUUUCAAAGGUUUUUUUUAUCAUGAUAGGCAAUUUCCAUUUUCACAUGUAAAUUGUUUAAUUAAUGCACUAAAAAUCAAGAAACCAAAUUACAUAUUUAAAGCAAUGUGGCAUGUCUGAUGCACGACGAGUUGUACAAAUUUCCAAGUAAUUGGCAAAAUUGCAAUAUUUAUGAAAGCUACAUUGAGUGAGGAAAAUAACUUUUCUUAUUGUGUAAGUAGAGACAGUGUAGACAUAUAUAUAUAUAUAUAUCAAAAGACGUUAAAAGAUGGGAAUUGUUGCUACCCUG